GACCCCGUAGUGGGAGGCCGGCCUUACGUGACGUCACACAAUGGCGCUGUCCUGGAAGCAGGCAUGAUCUGUCAGCGGUGAGUCGAUUGAAGCCAGCACUGAGAGGGGCAAGAAUCGUGUUGAAGAACAUUACUGGAUUUAAAGGAUUGACAAGAUGCAUAACCUGCCUCUCCCCUACUUACUACGCACAGUACGCCUACUGCAGUCAUGUCAUUGUUUAUUAGGAGUGAGAAUACCUUCUCUUCUGAGGAACUAUAGUUCAAGGUCUCGACUUCUGUUAUUUCCUGAGAUCAAACCUUGGACUCCUGCAUCCAUUCCCAUCAGGUUCCUAAAUCAAGAGAUUUCAGUAAGUGCAGAAGCAAACAAUCCAUUGUCUGUACACAGCACGUCUAGCAGCUCGGAUCAGGACCGUGAUCUCAGUGACGAGUAUAGCCUGAAAUCAGAUCUAGGUGAUAGUCUGGAGGGAGAGAAGGUCAUGGAACCUCCAAAGAAGUUAUCUUGUGUAGAGGUGUUGGAAGCCUUCUCCAGUGACUCUCACAGUCAGCAUGAUCUGUAUUGCUGUAUAUUGGACCUAUGGAGAAGCUUAACGAAUGAUAAGAAAAUGAAACUUUCUGACAAGCAACUUAUUUCUGAGCACCCACAUUUUUAUAACUUGUGCUAUGACGUGAUGAAGUCAGCCCCCUCUAUGUCAAACAAGUUCCUGGUUUGCAGUCUCUAUGUCUUUGUGAGUCUAAAGGUGAAUCAGAAGACAAGGCUCAUUCAGACUCUUCUAAAUAUUUGCCAGCAACGACUGAGCACAUUAAAGGUAGAGGAAAUUUCUAUAUUGGCCAAGGGUUUGAAAAUGAUGGAGAGUGACAAAAAUGUGGAUAUUUUAAACUCUGGUCUCUGUUUAUUAAUAGAGCUUAAAUGUGAAGCCAUGAAAGAUGUCACAGCCAUUCAGAACAUGAUGAGAAUCGCUCCACCACAUCUUAGAAGGAACUUUGAGGAGAAAGCUUUACAGAUGGUUGACAAGUUCACAGUAUCUCAGUGUCACAAUAUGUUCUCUGUUCUUGCUGGAAUUAAUCUGCAUUCUGAGAGUCUUCUGGAUUCUUGUAGCCACAAACUCAUCGAUUGCUUGGAUGAGCUUUCCUGUAAAAAAAUAAUUUCCCUGACCAGUUGCUGCUCUAAACUGUUAUAUUUUAAUGAACAACUGUUGUCUGCAAUUGGAGAGAAUAUAAAGAACAACAUCUAUAUGUGGGAUAUGUGGCAGAUCUCCUUGGUUCUCACAAGUAUGGCAUUCCUCCGCUUCCGAUGUGUUCCACUACUGGAUUACUUUGCUGAUAAAAUAAUGCAGGAGUCUAAAUCACUGACAGGAAGCUAUUUAGUAAAAGUGGCCAAGAUUUAUUCCAUUGUAAACCACUUGCCGGAGGGCAAGGAAGACAAGUUCCUGAAGACAUUAAACAAGGCACUGGACUUACAUAUGGAUAGUAUGAAUAAAAAAGAGCUUCUGAGAACCUUUUACAACCUUUGUCUACUUGGAUUGGUUUCUUCAUCUGCUAUGAACAAGUUCCUAGAAGACCAGAGCUUGCCGGGCAUAAUGCACAACAUUGAAAAAUCAUAUCUGAGCCAUAUUAAACUGUGCGUGUUACUGGAGUCGGGUUCAAGUCCCUAUUCUAUACAGGAUUUAGAGAAGAUUGAGGCCAACCACAGUCAUUCAGUUUUUAUGUGUCACACCUUCUUGAAGGACCAUUUUAAAGACCCAACCUUGUACCAAGAAAACAUGCAGUUUCCUAGCAGCUACUUUAUCGACUUUGUGCUCACAUUGGAUAAAGAACAGUGCAAGCUGAUUCCAACAGGGGAUGUGCAGAAUUUUGAAGGUUCUCAGGAUAUUACAAGAAUUGCUGUAUUAUGCUGCACACCGAAUGCUUUUACUUUGGGAAGUCUUCACCCAGUAGGAAAGCUGGCUUUGAAAAUGAGGCAUCUAAAAUCACUUGGUUUCACUGUUGUGGUGGUUCCCGUAAACCAGUUUUUAAUGCUGACUGAAGCAAAGAAAGUGGAGUUCCUGAGAGAAAAUAUAUUUAAUGGUACCUCCAGCAAUCAGAAUUUAGUGCUGGCAAAUGAAGUCAAACAGAUUGCCCAUCAUGAGACAUAGGUGUCCAUAGCGCUGACGUGGAUUGGCUAAAUAUAAAAUUCAAAGGAGCUUUACAACAGAGGCUCCUAGGAUUCAUUACUUACAGUGUAUCAUUAUGGCCAUUCAGCAUCAUUUGCAACUUCUACAGUCUUUGUAAUUAUGUAAAAUCCAUUUGAUAAAUUAAAAAUGUCUCUUGU